GCUGGGGCGCGGCGUGGGCGGGACCAGCGCGAGCCGGCGGCGGCCGCGCAGGCGCAGUGGGAGCUGCCGGCGUGAGGCGCGGUGCUGCCCAGGCGAAGCCGGGGGGGGGGGUGGUGUUUUCCGCCAUGUACCGGCACGGCACGGCCGCCGCUGCCCGCCUCCGCCCCGCAGCCCCGCUCCGCGCCUGGGCCCCGCCACGGCCCGCCGCGACUGGCCCCGACUCGCCGCGCCGCCGGUACCGAGCGCGGCCGCAGGACCUGGAGCCCACCCGGGGCCACGUUCCGGCGCUGCCCCUCCUGCCCCCCCCGCGUCCCCCCCCGGCCCGGCUCCCCGGCAGCCCCCACGCGCUGUCACCCCUCGAGGGGAUGGAGGGUGACAUCACCACGGUGGAUGGCCAUCGGGAGGAUGACAUCGCCGUCCGCGAGGCUCCCGCCGCCUCCCUCCUCCUCCUCCUGCGGCCCCCCGCCCCCUUCCUGACCCCCGCCGGGCCCCCCCGCCGCCCCCCGCCCAGCAUGGAGGAGCACCUGGCCGUCAUGCACGAGAAGCUGCAGCACGAGCUCCCCAAUUUCUUCCUGAAAAUCCCCGACUACAGCCUCUACGCCCCCGACGUCGAGUUCAUCCACCCCCAGCUGCGCCUGCACACGCGCGGGCGGCCCAUGUACCAGGUGGCGGUGGCGCUGUGCCGGGCCGUGGCGUGGGGGUACUUCGCCAGCCUGCGGCUGGAGGUGCUGGCGCUGACCCGGCACCCCGAGGACUGGAGCAUCCGGGCGCGCUGGCGCCUGACGGGGCUCCCCCUCCACCUCUGCCUGCUCCGCUUCUACCGCCGCGACAAGCGCCAGCUCCUCCGGUCCUACGACGCCUUCUCCACCUUCUUCCUCAACUCGCAGGGGCUCAUUCGCUGCCACCGCGUGGACAAGCUGAUGCCGGCCCCCACGGCCGUGGCCGAGGCCAAGAAGCUGCUGGUGGCGGCGGCGGCGGCGGCGCUGGGUGAGCCGGGGGGCGCCUUUCGGCUCAGCCUGAAGCCCCCCCCCCGCCCCGGGGGACCCCUGAUUCCCCACAGCCCCCCCCCACCGCGCCCCCCGCCCCUCCCCCAGCGCCCCCCGCCCCUCCCCCCCGCCCCUCCCCCCCGCCUUUAACUUAAUGUACAGAAUAAAAACCAGACGCUCGUG